AACAUUUGCAUGAUCUUGUCUUAUUUUGCACCAUCAAGCCACUUUGGCUUUCAAGGACCGGUAUUUCAAAUUGGCUGUUCCCAUUUUGCGUGUUCCUGCCAAUUUUUCGGCCCGAUUUUCUUUCAUGGUAUGACCGAUUCUAACGCGAGCUAUUCCGUAGCAUCAGCCGAUCCCCCGUUUCCAGAAAGCGACAAUGUCGUUGCCAGCAACCGAUCCUCCCAGGAUGACUUUCAGGAACCCAUUGCCAUAGCAGACAACGAAGAACCAAGGAAACGCAAAAGAGAAUCGGAAAAUCGAUCGUCGCCUGAGGACGACGACGAAGCUAUUCAAUGUUCCAUUUGUUGCGAAAACUGGACCAAUAACGGAGAACACCAAGUCGUUUCCCUCAAAUGCGGCCACUUAUUCGGCAAACAUUGUAUCAAACGUUGGAUCGCGUCAGCAACCAGGAAGUUUGGAAAUAAUGCAAAAGUAGGCUGUCCUAUUUGUAUGCAGCCAGCGAGGAAGAAUGAUUUACGUGUGAUUUGGCCUACUCGGAUAACUGCUUACGAUGCGACAGAAAUGGAAGCUAUCAAGAAGGAAUUGGAAGGAACACGAUCGCGCGUGGUGGAACUCGAAGUAGAAUACGAUCGAUUACAUCUGGCAUAUCAGCAAGCCAUCAGAGCGCUUUCCAAACAAGCAAGCGAACUUGAAGCAAGUCGACUAAAGAUCCAAUCAUCCAUCAUACCAGACCAGCAACCAGUGGUAAAGAUCUUCAAGGAUAUGCAGGCAGCACAAUUAUCUGAAGAGCGAUCGGUGUCUCGCGUCAUGGCGCUGAAUAUGGCGAGCGAAAUUGCCAUUGUAUCAUAUAUCGGAUAUGGUGCUCAAAAGAUCAGUCUUCGUGAUCUUUCCAAUACGGAAAGAUUAUCUAUCCAUGAAUUGCUCGUCCGCGAUCUCAAGUGCCGAGGCGACACCGUUCUAUCCACUGGCUUGGAUAAAACCCUGAAAAUGACAUCCUUACAGAAUAAUUGCGUAGUUCAAACAUAUCCAUUAGAAGCAGCAGGCUGGUCUUGCGACUUUGAUACCCAGGAUGCGAAUCUCGUUUACUGCGGUCUUCAAAACAAUGCAGUGCUUGUUUUUGACAUCCGCAACACUCGAUCGCAUUUAGACCGAUUGCAUAAACCAUCCGCAACAGGGAGCGCUCCUUUGCAUUCACUCAUCAGCUCGUCUAUUGACGGUCAACGGACGCUCCUAUGCGCAAAUCUCACACGGUCUUAUUGUUGGCGUUGGAACAGCGAUACCACCGAAUGGGAUUGUCAUAUGCUCGGUCUCGAACAAGAUGGUUAUAAACCAUUCUCACUCUCAAAGAGUGACCAGAAUUCGUCUAUCCUUGUAUCGCUGCGACGUUCUUCUUCAGUGAAACAAGUCGUCGGUCAUCUCAACGAUCUGUCCUUUGAGACACAGUGGAUGUGGGAGGAUUCGCAAGAACAAAAAGCACUAGCACGAAGUUUUUAUUUUUCACCGUCUGCAUGCAGCAGUGAUGAUUUCAUUUGUUAUGCUAACGAAAAGGAUCAAUCGAUAUCGUUGCGCAAUCAAAGCGGUUUGAUACAGGCCCUUCCAAGCGGCGGAUCAGCGCUGGAUAUCAAAGGAGCCGUUAUAAACAACGAACAGAUGUUGGCAACCUUGACAGAGCGCCGAUUUCAACUGUUCAAGUACACAUAACAUUUAUUCAUCACCAUUCCAUCCUUGUCUCUCUGUAAAUACGUUUCCACUUCCCUACCAUUGUCGUUUUUCUUUCAUGUAAAAUACAACAUGCCCACCAUAAAAAUGCUGUACG